AUGGCGUCCAAUACAGCACAGACUCUCCACGCUUCCGACCGUGCAAAUAUGCAGUUAGGCAAUAAUCACAAUAAUUGCCACAAUACUUAUAAUAAUACUUAUAAUACUAUCGACCUCACGACCGAAUUCGCUCCAAUUCUUAUAGUCAUCGAGGACGAAACGUCAGACGAGACCGCCGACCUCACCGAGGAGGAGAUCAUUGAUCUUACGCAGGAUGCGUCAGACCCAUGUAUGGGUAGCAAGCGGGCUCGAGAUUGGGACAGCGAUGACCACGAGAGCAAACGCCUGAAGUUUCCCGACGACACGAGCGAGUCUUCAAGCGAGUCUAGUUACGAUGGUGGAGAUAGCGUUGACGAGGAUGAGCACUGUGAAGACGGCGAAGACUAUGUUGGCCUGUCCACCGAGGAUGAAGGCGAGGAAAAUAGCGACGAGGAAUACGAGUGA